UGGUGUGUGAUUGUGCCCUGGGAUGGGUUGGCACCCUGUCCAGGGGUGUGUCCCCUGCCUUGUGCCCUGACUCCCCUGGGAUAGGCUUCAGGUUCCUGUGUAGGAUUACAGAAAAAGGAUGGAUAGAUGGAUUUAUUCUGUUGUAAUGUGCCAUACACGAGGAAUGUAAGAAAGUGUGACAACAUACCCCGCUCUCCUCUAAUCAUGUAUCAGUAAGUCGGCUUUAAUACAUUCUCAGAAAGAGAACAUGCUUUUACAAGAGAAACAAAUGAAAUCUUUGCGUCUUCGGCCACGUAACUGUUAUAAAUAUUCUGUACUGGAGAGAGAAUGUAACCCCAAAUUAUGCAUGAAAAUGUCACUGAAGCAUAAGAUUCGCAUCAGUCGAUCAGAAAGUUGUGUUAUGUUGUGCAAUGACGUUAUUUCGAUGAGGAGUCAGAUGGGUCUUGUCGGUAGCUGGGCGGAAUAAAAACUCGCCUUUUAAAGGCGGAGUAAAUUUCCUCAUUUACAGACCAGCAACAAGGCGAGUUUCAUCUUCAAGCUGUACUAACUCAAAUCUUAGACAGCUCACAUUACCUGGACUUGAACCACCUCGACUUAAGCAGGACAUGGACACCCAUGUAAAACGAGGAGAGGUUUAUUUACAACACCAAAAAUAUUCUGAGAAGUGGAAGCGGUAUUGGCUAAACCUUUACCCAAACAACCGGAAUGGUGUGGCUCGACUGGAGCUAACAGAAACAACUCCGGAACGAUCGCCAGUUAUUGUCCGGAAGCACCCAGACCGCAAGAUUGUAAGGUUGGCUGACUGUAUCAGCGUUGUUCGACUCCCCCCACAUGCAGAGGCCCUGCCUGGGGACAACAUGGCUGCCUUUUGUGUAGCUACAGAUGAAAAGAGGCUGGUGUUUGCUGUAGAGAAAGAGAACUGUGGAGAGUGGGUGGAGAAGAUCUGCGAAAUUGCCUUUCAGAAGAGCAGUAAUAAUGUGCCACAGCUAGUGCUACAGAUGGAAGAGAAUCAAAUCUAUGCUUCCAGAGAAGAAGUGUUUGAGUUUCUUGUGACUGUACAGCAGUCCGAGGCAUCAGUGCGCUGCAGCCUGCAGGGAGCGUACUGGUUGCAGGUUGGUGAAGACAUGUUUAUGCUCAAGGACACUGAUAGCAAGCAGAGGGUGAUGGAAUGGCCCUACAAGCUACUACGCCGCUAUGGAAGAGACAAGACGACGUUCUCAAUUGAGGCAGGCAGACGCUGUGAUUCUGGUCCUGGCACCUUUAUAUUUGAGACCAAGCAAGGUGAUGAGAUUCUCCAUCUCAUGGAACUGGCCAUCCAGCAGCAGAAGAGCCUGACUGUUACUGGAGGCAGCUCCACUGUUCUCUCACCUUGUUCGCCAUUGCCUAAACGACCAGGUAGUGCCAACUUGCUGGACAUUCACAUCAACACCUAUUCUGACUCCAGCUUAAGUCCUGUGUACUCAAGCCCUGUAUGUCCAGGCUCAGCUGAACCAGAAUACAUCAAACCUGUCAUCGGCUCUCCCCAAACAACACAGAGGCAUCCCGGUGAACCCAUUUCCUUGCCUGAAAUUGUGUACUCAAAUCCUGUUGAUGCCGUUGGGUUAGACAAGUGUACGCAUACACAACCAGUCAGCUCAGAAGUGACUGUGAAAAACAGCAGUCCUGGUCAUUGCUAUAAUCAGGACUUAGAACCAGUGUAUUCUGAUCCUGUUGAUGUUUUCCAGCCUACAUUUAAUCCCCAAAAAUAUGCCUCUGCCAAUCUUGCUAAAACAACAGAAACACUUCAUUAUGUCAGUCAGUCAGAGCCAGUGUACUCUGAGAUAUCUCAUUUCACACCAUACCCAGCACAGAAACAGGGAAGCAUGGUUCAGAAUGAGGAAGAACAUAUCUACAGUUUACCCGAGGUUUGUGCAGUUCACAAAACACAGGAGGACAUUCACACGAGCACUGCAAAAGACAGUAAGCAGAACACAAAAUGUAACAUGAUAGAGGAAGUCAUCUACAGUCAAGUCAACAAACCUAAGAAAUCCACAAAGCCUCAAGACAAGUACACCAUUUACAAAGCACAAGAGAUUAUGUCGGAAGACCUUGGACUGAUUUAAAAGAGCAAUGGCAUUUCUACUGAUUUUGAUAGCCAUUCAUAAAGAUUAUGUAAUAAUCAUAUAAAUAAAAGUUCCUAUCUUGCUACA